UUCCCCUCCUGAGCUUAGCCUGCUGUACAUAGUUUAAGACCUUUCCUCCCUAUUUAUAGUGUUGGCCCUUGCAACAAUGUCAUCUGUAACUCGACUCCAUCUGUUAAGUCAGAGCAUGUUGAAUGUCAGUUGCCAGAAGCAGAAGCACUGCAGCUCACUUCCCGCUGAGUCGCUCGCUGGGAGCCACAUGGAGUCUGCGGAACAACUGAGACCUUGUGGGGCCUGCAACCUCUUAGGUGUGCCGGGUCUCAUCUCCAUGGAUGUGGACGAUGACGAGUGUGAUAUAGUGAUCGGCAUUAGGCCCAAGUCUUCUCCUCUUCCGCGAAGAAAGAGUUCUCUCAGUGACGAGGACUCUGAGCCCGGGCCGCCCCUGUGUGGCUCCAGGAGAGUGUCAUUUGCAGACGCCAACGGCCUCAGCUUGGUGCAAGUCAAGGAGUUUGACAUUUGGGAUGUACCCAAGCUGCCGGAAUAUGACUCCUCCGAGGGGAAGGAUAAAGUUUCAGUGGAAUACAUUAUAUCUCCACUGAAUUUCUCACUUCCAUUGUCUAGAGAGGUGUUGUUCGACAAAGUCCGGGAUCAGAAAUUGGAGUUGGAGAGCAUCCAAUUACUUCCAGGGACCACAAUACUGAAAGGAGUGAUCCGGGUCCUCAACAUCUCCUUCGAUAAGGCGGUGUACGUCCGAACAUCUUUGGACUCCUGGUCCAGCCACUUCGACCUCCUGACAGAGUACAUGCCCGGCUCCAGUGAGGGUCUGACGGACUGUUUCUCGUUUAAACUCACCUUAAUUCCCCCAUUCGGGGAGCAGGGAGCCGGAGUAGACUUUUGUCUGCGAUAUGAGACUUCAGUCGGGACGUUCUGGGCCAACAAUGACAACAGGAACUACAUGCUGUGCUUUCACCAGAGAGCUAAGGAGCAGAGAGAACAAACAGAGAAAGAAAACGUGAAGAAGAAAAGCUGUCUUAAGAGUGUCGGUCAGAACUUCUCCACUCUGGAAAAUAACCCAGCAAUGGAAACGUCCCUUCAGGAAAGUAAAAAACAGAUGUGUCAAAACAAGGACAGGAAGUGGACACAAUGCAGGCCAAACAAAUCUCUGAUGCUCAGUCAGGAACAUCAGAGGAGGAUGGUGAGAAAAUACUGACCAAGAGCAGACGGAACUGCAGCCGAAGGAGCCGCAGAAAGGCAGCGCGGAUGGCUCGGGUACAGGACUACUUUGCUCA